UCUUCGAGGGGGUCUUCCUUACGAAGUGUCCUCCCCACGAAGUGUCCUCCCGACGGAGGAGACUCGCUGCGGCGGCCACGCGCUGGCAGCCCGCAGAUCCGGAGCGAGCGCUGGCCUGCAGUUACCUUUCGCGGGUAAACCGUUCCUCUGCACCGCUCCAGGGUUCCCUGCCAGGCGCUCGGCGGGGCAGCGCCGUGCCAGGCGCUUCAGGGGUUGUCCUGAAAACAAAGGCGCAUUUUUUGGGGGUGGGGAGGGAGUGCAUCUUGAAUCGUAGUUUCCGUGUGAGCUGGGAUUCCCCGCCAUCCUGGAACACCUCAUUGUAUUAAAGCCUGCCUUGAUUUUAGGUUGCGUAAUUAUGGACAAAUUAUGUCGGCUGAAAGUUAAAAAUAAGUCACUGUCAUACGAGAAAACAGUUUGUGAGUGGUUAGGUAUUGUGGGAUUUCAGAGGCUUUUACAAUAGAAGGAUCUUUCACAUCUUUCUUUUUUUUCGACCAAAACUUCUAAAUCUAUACUGAUAAUAUUUGGGAGGAAGUGAAUGAAAUGUCAUAUCUACAUUGGUGGGGUCACCAUUUACUGACUUGAAAAUGGCCUUGGCUGGUUGAAUUUCUCACUCAAGAGUGUUAGCAUUGUCCCAGUUAAUAAUAAAAUGUUUUGUCUAUAUUAAUUAUUAAUCUAAACUUUUAAAGAAAUCCAUUCUGUCACGCCCUACUCCCCACCACCACCACCCGCGUGUAGCCCAGGCUGAUCCUCCUGUCUAGGCUUUCAAGUGUUGGGCUUACAAGUGUGUUCCCCAACUUCUGAUUUUAAAUAAGUUUGAGAGCAGGGGGUUUGGCUCAGCGGUGGGGACAUUGCAUAGCCUGAGUGAGGCCAUAGUUUCCGUUUUCAGUACAAAAGGAGAGUCUUGAACUUUCUGAGUGCCCCUCUGCCUCUCUCAAACCUCGUGCUUAAGCCUGUAUUAAAAAAUACAUGUAAGUUUUAAAAAUGCUUCACAAAGGUUUUAAAUGAUGGUUUUUACUCUUUUUUUUUUCUUCUCACAAAUAGAUUCUGUUUGAACUCAGUGUAGUAUUAGCACAGAAUGAUAUUUUGAUAGAUAUCCUGACAGAAAAAUACCUGUCAGGGUAUUUUCUAAUCGACAACCACUUCUCUUCAGUAACAGUCCAUUCUUAAGAAACUUCAGUUUUCACUUAACCAACCGCUAUGCAGGAGAGCGAGAAUCAGUCAUUAAAAACACAGCAACACCCGCUACUUCUUCGGAGACCCUUACCUCCAAAGCUCCCUAAGUUGCCUUUGUCUAGGAAGAAAGUUCGUACAGCGACCACUCACGAAACUGAGCAGUCCCUUGUGAAGCUCUCUCGCCACGCAAGCGCUUCAGUGAAAAUCGGCCACAGUGUUUCUACAUCACAGAAGACUGUCAGCAUUCAGAGCAUUUCUCUGGAUUAUUACCACAAGACACCUGAAAGGGUGGUCAGCGCUUCUCGCGGAGCGCAUUCCAUCCACUGGAAGAUCCCACACAGUGUCGCUAGGUCCAUGUUUAUCCCAACUUUCCUGCCGGCAUCUUCUCAAGUUUUUAGGAACAAGUUACACCAAAUAAAAGGAUCCAGAAAGUUCAAGAAGAAAGACAAAGUGGAGGAGGUGUUCACUCAGACGCCGUUCAGCAACGCUUUAGUUCUUUCCAGCGAGCUUCCCAAAUCUUUUCCCGCUUCUUACUCUAGGCGUCUAACUGCUACCUUAAAGAUAGUAACCCCGUCGGAGUCUCGCCCUCUCAUGAAGACUCCAGAGUAUGUUCAGAAGGUCUCUAUUCUGAGAGAUGUGAGUGUAAGCGAAGUCCUUCUCAGCCCUGUCCCCAGCCCUUCGUCUAUAGUACCAGAACCACGGUGGGCGGAACGGCCACAGCACACCUUAUCCAUCAACAGAGUGGUCCUGAGGGUUGCCGCUCUCCCGGAAGCCAGUAUUCUGCCGAUGCCUUCCGUACCAAGAAAACCUCAGAGGCAGGCUGAGAUAGAAAAUGCCGUAGAAACUGGAAAAUUAGAACUCCCCAAGCCUGAACCUUUAACUAGAGCCAUGAGAAGAAGAGAGCCACGCGGCUAUGUUUUGCGAGGGGAAGGCUUAAAGACUAUCACAGGAACACGCUAUGAUACCCUAGUAGCGAUGACCACCCUGGCUAUAAUACAUUGCCAAAUAUAUGGAAGAAAUGCACUUAAUCUUAAGGGAUUCUUUCUUCUGAACUGUCCAGACUUAACAGUUUUGGCUUACCAACUGGUAUACCUCAAUUUAUCAUUUAAUAACCUCAGCCACUUUCCUAGAGAGGUAUUUUGUCUUAAAAAUCUGCAGGUACUGAAAAUGAGAAACAAUCCUAUGAGGGAACUCCCUUCUGAUAUCUAUCAGUUGAAGUACCUUAGGAUUUUCACCAUUGCCUUUAAUUUUAUUAAAGAACUUCCUAUUGGGUUGUUUCAUCUGUCUUUUCUUGAGGAACUUGAUGUUUCCUACAAUGAACUAGCGCAUAUCCCAAAUGAUAUCCAGAGACUCAGAUCACUUGAAAAACUGACUGUUGAUGGAAAUUAUCACAUGACUUCCUUUCCACCUGGAAUUUUAACGCUUAACUUGGUCAAAUUACAGUUUGCUAAUAUGUUCACUAGUAGUCAUUUUUGGGUAGAGAAUUCCUUGAAUGACCCCCUACGGCUUACUGAAAUUUGUUCUUUCUUCAUUGUUAAAAAUGACCUUCACAAAAUUUAUGAUUCCGUCCCAAUGAAAGCUAAAAAUCAUCUGAGAAGCUUAUCCAGGUGUGACUGGUGUCAUGGUCCCAAGUUUGGUGUGGGCUUUCGCAUCAUCCGAUCCUGUAAUAUGUUUGGAGAAAACCAGAUUCCUAUUCUGUUUCACGUCUGCUCUUCUCCCUGCUAUCGGGAGAUGAAGGAAAGCGGUUUUGUCUUACUAGGCUUUCCUUUUGUAAGAAUACCUCUAAAUAUGGACUGGGUUAAAAAAAAGAUGCCUAACGAUACAGUAGUUCUUUUGUGAAGUCCACAAACGUGUGUAUAUGUAAUUCAUCUCUUCAAGCGCAGAUUCUGCACAGAGACCCUAGGGCUCUUCUCUGCUGGGUUUUGUCUCUGAUGCUCCUCCUCAUGAAAGUCUGAGUGUUAGGAAACACUGCAAAACUGCAACUCGGGGACUAGGAAAGGCCUUCGGACGGAGUUCAGCGGGGAUCUUUAGAAUUUCCUGGAGAACGUGUUUACCUUUGCCAAAAGGACAGCAUCUUACACCUUGUCUUUUCAUGAACCCAUAUCCAGUGACAGGCCAGCAGCUUGAAGCCAUCACCAAGAACUGUCACAUGAGGCCACAAAGUUAUGUGUCUGGGUAUUAAAUGUUAGUUUGUGCAUUUCCGUGAAAACCUGGUCAGUGCCAACCAUCUUGACUGGUUUUCUUUUGAGAAUAAAAGAUUAAUUCCAAGAUGACUUUUAGUGUUUUGAAUUGCUCUCUCUGCCCCUUAGAAAUCUAAUACACUCUUCAUUGGUUAUCUUGGCCUACACCCCAUAAAACUGAGACUAACUUCACACGCCAGCACUGAAUUUACCGUAGCCUUCAGUGAUGGCCAAAUGAGAAAGCAGAACCCAGACAAUGACACCACAAAGUGUCCACCGAAAGUGCAACUUGACGCUUUAAGAGUUUGCUUUGAGAGCCUGCAAGAUGACUCAGCAGUUAAGAGCCUUGUUGCUUUUUCAGGGCACCCAGAUUUGGUUCCCAGUACCCACAUAGCGGCUGGGAACCAUCAAAACUCCAGUUCCAAGGGAUCUAAUGCUUUCUUCUGACCUAUGAGGGCACCAGGCUUGCACAUUGCCUACAUAGAUACAUGCAGGUAAAACAUUCAUACUACUACCACUGCUACUACUGCUGCUGCUAUUGUUUUUUGUUGUUUCGAGACAGGGUUCCUCUGGGUAACAAGCCCUGGCUGUCCUGGACUCAUUUUGUAGACAAGGCUGGCCUCAAACUCACAGAGAUCCGGCCGCCUCUGCCUCCGACGUGCUAGGAUUAAAGGCUUGUGACGGCACACCUGGACUGCAUACAAUUAAUCUUUAAAAAAAAAAAGUUUCAGAGCUUAUUUUGUUCCAAAGAAGGUGUGGUGGUUUGAAUAAGAGUGGCCCCAUAGACUCCUGUGUUUGGUUCCCAAGUUGCUGAACAGUUUGAGAAGGAUCAGGAAGCGUGGCCUUGUUGGAGGAGAUGUGUCACCAGGGACUGGCUUUGAGGUUUCAAAAGCUAUGUGCUGUGCCCAGGUGAUCGCUCUACUUCCUGCUUGCUGUCUGAGAUGUGCGCUCCCGGCCAUGCCUUCAUUCUAGUUAUGGGCUCUAACCCCCUGGAGUCAUAAGCCCAAUUAAACAUCCCCUUUUAGAAGUUAUGCAAUAGAAAAGUUACAGCAAUAGAAAAGCAGCUAAAACAGCUGUCCUCUUCAUUCUCUUCGCCCAGCUUCUGAGAUCCACCCUUUCUCUUCAUUCUCUGGUCUCUCCAUAGCCCAGCAGGGUUAUUUGCUGUCCAUUGGUGAACACACAUUUAACAAUUUUAAACGGCGCAGAAUUAUUUCAUGUACAGCAUGGUGCUUUUUUUGUGUGUUUGUGUGCAGUUAAAUCAGUCUAAAAUAG